GGUGUUUUCUUUUGAAUUCAAAAUCAAGCAAGGGUAAAAUAAAACAGCGGCCCAGAUCGACCUUUGCUGCGAGAGAGAAGAAGAGUACGAGGGUUUUGGGUUUGGACUAUAUAUAUAGUUUUCGUUAGGUGUUUUUGAUUUAAGCUUGAGUUUGGGUAUUUUCUUGUCUUUUGGCAUAGAAUCCACCGGCGAGAUAGAAGUCGUCAGUAUUUGAAUAUACCAAAGAUUUAUCUGCUUCUGUUUGGAGAAACCCCUCUUUCUUUUGUUUGUACUGCUUUCAUCCUUGUUUUCUUGCAAUUAAUUUACUCAAUAAUCAAUCGUCUGUUCGAGUUGAGUCAGGAUAUUAUGUCCGGAGAUGGGUUUUCAAUGCAGGCUGCUGCUGCUUCCAUUGCUGGGUUUGUUCCUGAACAAAAUAUCACAAACCCUAACCCUACUACGGUGAAGAAGAAGAGAAAUCUUCCAGGAAAUCCUGAUCCGGAUGCGGAGGUUAUUGCCUUGUCUCCCAAGACUCUCAUGGCGACAAACAGAUUCAUAUGUGAAAUCUGCAAUAAAGGAUUCCAAAGAGACCAGAACCUGCAGCUGCAUCGCCGUGGUCAUAAUCUGCCGUGGAAGCUCCGUCAGAGAACCAACAAGGAGGUACGGAAAAAGGUUUAUAUCUGUCCGGAGAAGACCUGUGUUCAUCACGAUCCGUCCAGAGCUCUCGGCGACCUCACCGGGAUAAAGAAACAUUACAGCAGGAAACAUGGGGAGAAAAAGUGGAAGUGCGAGAAGUGUUCCAAGAAAUAUGCAGUCCAAUCUGACUGGAAAGCUCAUUCCAAGACUUGUGGCACCAGAGAAUAUAAGUGCGACUGUGGAACAUUAUUUUCCAGGAAAGAUAGUUUUAUUACCCACAGAGCAUUUUGUGAUGCUUUGGCUGAAGAAAGUGCGAGAGUCACUUCAGUUGCUUCUACAAACCUCAAUUUCAGAAAUGAUAAUGUAAAUCUUACUCCUGGAUAUGUUCCAGGAAUUUCCCAGUUCAAUUCCGGUUUUGGACAAGAUUUCAGUUCCAUGGUCACUGCAGGAUUGUCCGAGAUGGUCCAGUUGCAAUCAGCCAAUCUUUUUGGCUCAUCUUCUUUGGCCAAUUUUGGAAGCCACGAUCAGUUUUCUGGUACUGGAUUUGACAAGAGUGGUGCAACUUCAACCAACGCGAAUCUCUCCUUAUCACCAUUGCAACAAACGUUAAAGGGAGAAGGAGGAAGCAAAGGAAACCUGGUCGACGGCCUAUCUUCUAUAUACUCCGACUCUAAUCAAAACAAACAGUCAAAGCCUUCUCUGGUGCCCCUCUCUGCCACCGCCCUCCUCCAAAAAGCGGCCCAAAUGGGUUCAACAAGAAGCACCCCCUCGUUCUUUGGAAAUAGUUUUGGUGUAAUGAGCUCGUCCUCCGCCAGUUCUUCUCAUCAGGUGUAUCCAAACGUAUCCAUGGGUGAUGCAGGUGCAGGUAGCUCGAACAUGAGCAACAACUUUGAUCAGGUCAUGCUACAGAAAACACUAGCUAAACAAGCAGAUCAAAAUCAGUUGAAAGUUUCAAAUUCAAAUCUUGAUAAUAGCCUGACACGAGACUUCCUUGGCAUGGGAAGUGACUCAGGCCGUUCAUUUCUACCCCAAGAACUAGCAAAUUUCGCAUCUAUUGGCUCCUCCAUCGGAUUGAGCCAGUUCACUAGCAACCCUUGAAACCCUAGCGCAAACAAUACAAUACAUGUUGAGUUAAGGCAGUUGAUGAGUGGGACUCGGUGUGACACGAACCAUUUGACUCGGGCUGGGAUUGAGAAAGGUUAUCAUGUGAAGGGUGAGUGGGCCGGGAGGGGGGGGGGGCUGUGGGGGCAUCUAUGCAUGCCUGAAAUGACUAAACAAUGAGGGGAACUCCAAGUAGUCAUCAUGCAUGUACUCGAUGAUCGUCGUCGUUGUUCAAUUGUUGUUUUGUUCUUCUGUCUCAACUCUUUUAUCGUUAUUUCAUUCUCUUAUUUAUUUAUUAAUUUAUUU